UAUUGGUGUGUGCGGCGUUACAAACAACAACAAACCAACAAACUUAGGUCUUGAAUGUUGCAACAUUGAACGAAUAGAACAAAUUUUGAAUCCAAUGACGCUCUUUAAAAUAUGGGUGAAAUCUGGGAUUGUACCUCUAAAGUUGAGAAAAGUCGAUACCGAAGGCUGAAGUUGUUGGAAUAUUGCUCGAAAUGUAGGACAAGUUGUUGGCUGGACAGUUGAAGUCUUGUGGAUAUAUUUUUGUCACUCUGUAGCUUUAUGUUUGAAAGAGUAUCCAUUCCACAUCAAGCUGACACCUUAUAUAUAUUUAGUUAUUUUCAUGAUAUAGCAAAACGGUCGAACAAUUGUUGCAAUGUUCGCGUAGAACACAACACAUACACCAAACAUUGUAAUCAGUAUCCUAGCUUAUCCAGCCCAGAAAAUGCCUAAUCUCGUAGAAGAACCUGGACCAUUUCACUGUCACAUGUUUGUUCGGAGCCCGAUUCAGGAUACCGUAACCUACAGUUAUAACAAACUCAAAUGGACCACAACUUUAAGUUCGUUAUAACCGUCUUUCGUUAAAAACAUACAUACAUCUAGGCAGUAAACGCUGGGGACCAAAAAUUAUGUUCGUAAUAUCCGUGAGUUCGUUAUAAGCGUAUUCUACUGUACAUGGCGUUGAGAUAGCCAUCAUGCAUGCGACAUAAGUAAUGGGUAAAAGUGAUGUAUCAAAGUAGACUGGUUAUACACUAAAGUAUGUACUUACUCAUCGGUGUCUAGUGCCAUAGCAAAGCUACGGAUGCUAUUAUCGGUAUAGCAAUUGUUUCUUCACGAUAUUUACAGCUUCUUAUUUGACCGGGCUGUCGGGUAGGCUGGUGGUAAGUUAAAGAGUCAUGCUGAAGGUCCCGGUUUGUUUCGAAACAUGGGUACCAUGUGUGAAACUUAUUUCUGGUGUCCCCGUCGUGAUGUUGCAAGAGUAUUGCUUAAAGACGCAUAAAAUAUAACUCACUAAGGCACUAUAAUUUGAACAUCAGUAUAUUUUCAAGAACUUCCCUGUUUUAACAGCUCUCCAAAACUGCUGGCUCUAGGAAAAGCUUUAGCACCGGGGUAUCUGAGAAUCGGAGGCUCAUCAGUGGACGCCAUGGUGUUUGACCCGACUCACAAUAUAGCCACUGGGUAGCAGUUCCAACUCCCAGUAAACACCUGGGAUGAUCUCAACAUGUAUGUUCACAAGAUUGGGCUAAAACUGGUGAUUGGUCUCAACCUGAUGCUCCGCGAUGGAACUAAGUGGAACCCAUCAAAUGCUAAGCAGUUGCUCAAGUAUUCCUCUGACAAAGGAUACACUUUUGCAGGGAUUGAACUGGGAAAUGAACCAAACUUGUACUAUCGUCACUGGAAUACUACUGUCAGUGAUGUUCAGCUGGGAAGCGACUACAAGGAACUAAAACAAGUCCUUCAAGGAACGGCCUAUAAGGACAGUCUCAUCCUUGGACCUGACAUAGCCGGUUAUAAAGACAAGUACAUUAAAACCUUCCUGUCCCAUGGUGGAGCCAGUGUCAUAGACGUAUUGACCAUCAAUCAUUACUACUUUGAUGGACACACCGCCAAACUGAAAGACUUUUCUAACUAUUCUAUAAUGGAUCAUCUUAUACCUGAACUACAGACAGUGAUGAGUACGAUCCGAAGCUAUAAUGGUCUGGUGGCGUGGUUAGGAGAGACAUCGUCCGGCUAUGGGGGUGGCACACCUGGCAUAGGCAACAGAUAUGUGGCUGGCAAUCUGUGGCUUGAUAAACUUGGUGUAUCAGCAAAAUACGGCUUAAAAAGAGUCCUUCGCCAGUCACUCUUCGGAGGGCAUUAUUCACUUAUUGACAAUAACAACGACCCUACCCCCGACUACUGGUUGACGCUUCUUUACAAGAGACUUGUUGGCAACAAGGUAUUUGAUGUUCCAUCUUCAUCUAACAACCUCCGUCUGUAUGCCCACUGCACGAACCUUAACAACGUGUACAACUACAUGCCUGGCAGUAUAACAGUGUAUGCCCUUAACCUAAAUAGUGACCCCGUAAUCCUUACCAUAUCGGAUCUCAACAUCAAAAGCGUGGACAUAUUCUGGCUGACUCCAGAGGGAGGAGAUUUGAAAUCACAAAAAGUACAGCUCAAUGGCAAGACACUGGAACUUGUCCACAACCACAUACCACACAUGACACCAAAAACUUUGGGAACUGGGACAAUGAGAGCACCUGGAUUUGGGUUCAUCGUUAUUCCCGACGCCAACAUAGCGGCAUGCCGCCCACAAAGCCAUGGUCCCAUUAUCGGAUAAUUGAACCAGCAUUCUG